ACCAAAUGCACAUCCAGUACAAACAGGAUACACUAAAAAACAGGGUGGCAAAGCAUACAAAGAAAAGACGAGUAGAAGGAAAAGGAGAUAAAAAAAUGGUGGCGUCAUACAUUGGUAUUUCAUCUCUCAAUUCUUCUUGUUUUCCUCCUCGACCUUGCUUUGCUAAACGCAAACCAUUUGCAGUUUCAGCUGCAAUGAGCGAUGAUCCAAUCAGUGAUUGGAUUAUGUCAGAAGGAAAUGCAACCCAGAUAACACGAACUAGUGCCAUUGGUGGUGGUUGUAUCAACAAUGCAAGGCGUUAUGACACUGAUGCUGGUUCUUUCUUUGUAAAAACAAACAGGGGUAUUGGACCAUCCAUGUUUGAGGGAGAGGCUCUUGGCCUGGGUGCUAUGUAUGAAACCAGAACAAUCAGGGUACCUAGGCCAUUUAAGGUUGGAUCCCUACCAACAGGUGGAUCAUACAUCAUUAUGGAGUUUAUCGAAUUUGGGGCAUCUAGAGGCAAUCAGUCUGUUCUAGGGAGAAAGCUCGCUGAAAUGCAUAAAGCUGGGAAAUCUGAAAAAGGCUUUGGUUUCGAUGUUGAUAAUACCAUUGGCAGUACUCCACAGAUAAACACUUGGACAUCAGACUGGAUAGAGUUUUACGGAAAACACAGAUUGGGUUACCAACUUAAGUUGGCAUUAGAUCAAUAUGGUGAUUCAACCAUUUAUCAAAAAGGAAAAAGAUUGGUGAAGAACAUGGCACCUCUCUUUCAAAACAUUGUCAUAGAGCCAUGCUUACUUCAUGGAGACUUGUGGAGUGGGAAUAUUAGCUCUGACAAGAAUGGCGAGCCUGUUAUACUAGACCCAGCAUGCUAUUAUGGACACAAUGAAGCAGAAUUUGGAAUGUCAUGGUGUGCUGGUUUUGGAGGAUCAUUUUACAAUGCUUAUUUUGAGGUGAUGCCCAAACAACCAGGCUUUGAGAAGAGGAGAGAGAUCUAUUUGCUGUAUCACUACCUGAAUCAUUACAAUCUCUUUGGUUCCAGUUAUCGGUCAUCAGCAAUGUCAAUAAUAGAUGAUUAUCUGCUGAUGCUAGGAGUGUAAGAAUUGUAUUACACGCAUGUAAGUUUGUAUGAUUUGAAAAAUACUUGAAAGUAUAUGUUAUGGCUUGCCAGAGUGUAAUUCCCUCCUCAUUAUGUGUAGCAAAUUUGUUUACAGAUGAAAUGAACAGGGAAACUGGAAAACGAGGCUGUAUUGAAUGUAAAGUGAAUUCAGGUGUAAA